GCGGGCCUCAGUUUACGACAGACUUUUAACGGAGGUGCAUGCCGCUUUUCGCCUUGUUGUGACCGUAUGCAUGGUGUUGUGGGAUAACAUAACUAAUAAUUGUUUAGUGCCGUGUUUGUGUAGUGUAACGUUGGUGUAACCGGGGUUCCAAAAGUUAUUGUGAUGCAGUGGAGAAUAUACGCAUGGCUAUCUUGUGUAGCCCUGGUAGGAUAUGUUCGAGCGACAGAGGACGGUGCCGCCGGUGUCCAGCCGACGGAGACACUCCACAUACAGCACGACGGUCCUCUCGCCUCCGACAAGGAUCUCUUCAUUGACGAUGACGGCUCGGGCGUAGAGAUCGACGAGAGCUCUGGAUCCGGUUACGGGCCCGGCCCUGGCCCCGACGACGAAGACAGCCGCGGCUCAGGUGACGUCCCAGACGCGCCUGAGGAUGACGAAGACUACACACGAACCACGGAGGCUCCGAUACCCACUAUAUUCCAUACGAAUCCGUCCAGUCCGGACGAAUCAGAGCCUCUAACCCCACCUGUAGUGCAGCCCAUCGAUGUAUUUAGUCCGAGGAUAUUGUCAAGUAACCCGAGCGAACAAGAACCGCGCGGCGCGGGGGAGGAUCAGCCCUCGCGCCCGGAUAUCUCUGGAGACAUCAACUUGUCUGGAGAAACCGAUAUAAUAAGUCAAGCGGGAUCAAACCUAGAGCCAGAGACGCGGCCGGCGGACAACGGUGUGGUGAUCAUGGACACGCCCCACGAGGACCGCGCAACCAGCUUCUUCGCACAACCGGGCAUACUAGCUGCCGUAAUCGGUGGAGCCGUAGUAGGACUUCUAUGCGCGAUUCUAGUAGUAAUGUUCAUAGUAUAUAGAAUGAGAAAGAAGGAUGAAGGUUCAUAUGCUUUGGACGAGCCUAAGAGAAGCCCGGCAGCAGCAUCGUAUGGAAAAGGUCACAACAAUCGAGAAUUUUAUGCGUGAGACGAUACAGAACAUCCUAUGCCACCAAUUUUUUAACUAACAGAUAACAAGAUGGCCGCACGUUGUUUUAACGUUUUUAAAUUUUGACAUGACUGAUAAUUUUCCUUACACAUUAUCCUGUGGCUAAAUAUGUUCUGUGGUCGGUGUUCUUACUAAAAAUUUCAACAUCUGUACUGAUUGUACAUCUCUGUACAAAUCAUGUACAUUUAAAAUGUUGUUUAAAUAUCGAAUUAUGCAAAUUGCAUACAAAUUAUAUCAAUUAAGACCAAAUAUUAAACUAUCGUGAAGAUAGUCUCGAUAUUACAAUGUCUUCAUAUUUCGAGACCAAUAAGUGUUUGGAGUGUAACUAAUUUUGUAUUUGAAUGGAGAUCUUGUAAGUUUCUGUAUAAAAUGAAUGUGCCAUUCGCUUCUUUUUAAUUGUACAUUUGCCAAUAUUGUGUCGUAGUGUUUUUCAUAGACUAUAGUCUAUGGUAUCGUCCAUAUCUUGUUUGUUCUAUAAUCUAUAAUGAAUCUAAUAUCCUGUAUUUAGGGCUAAUUGAUUUAUAUUAAAGCUAUCUCAAAAUCUUAUGAAUUGUCUUUUGUAUUAAAUUACAAACUUAUCAAAUAUUAAAUAUAAGGGCUUUUGAUAAAUGGCUACCUAUUUAUUAUUUUCAAUGGUACAUAUAAACGUAAUAAUAGUAAUUGUAAAUUCUUUUUAAUAUUAAAAAUUAUAUAUUAUAACACUUUUAAUAUAUACGAUUUUGAUAUAUGCUUGUAUCAUGUUUUGCCGUAAAAUAAAAUACUUUUACUCUUUUUUAUAUGUUCCUUUAGAUAAGUAAAAUAAAUUACUAAACUAUACCUAUGUAAAAAUAGGACCAUUCUGAUUUUAUUUUGUCAAUUCUUAUUUUCUACAUUGAAUCUGUAUGUUGAAUAAUUUUUAAACCAGGUUGUGCAAGCCAGUCUACUUUUUAUAAUAUUUUUGUGACUUGUGCCAUUUUUAUUCUAUUAACUAUGUUAUUACUCUGUAAUCGUUUUACAUAAUUGUUCAUCUCAGUCAUAGAUAUACAAAAUAUCACACAUUUUUACAAACAUUAACGCGAUGUUUUUUAAUUAAAUAAAUAAAAGAGCCACAUCAUCAGGUGUCAGUAAUUGAUCAUAAAUUAAGCCAUAGAGAUUAGGGAAAUAACAAUUAACAUUUAUAUAUUCUAUGGAAAGCAAACCGACCUGAUUGCUUUCAAUAGUCUAUGUUAUGUCUAUGACUUAGAUAACUACGAUAAACAUAAAUUAAAGUAUGAUAACCGUAUUUUAAUUUUGUCGUAUAUUGUAUUUGGAAAAAAAUCUACCUUUUUAAUUUACUUCCAGUCCUUUAUUUUACUUUAGUUUCUGGCAAUUAAUUUAUUAUUUUACUAUAAGAGGCAUUGUUAAGCGAUUGCUAAUAUUAAACUGUAAUAUAUUAAUAAUUGAUAUUAAGCACUAACACACUGUAAUGAACAAAAAUUAGAAUUGGUCGCAAGUAAAAGCUUACAUUCCCACAAUAGCAUGGAUUACGCUCACAUAGUGUAAAUGUAAAUUGUAUAUUGUUAUAGGGAUAAUAUAAGUUAUAAAUAGUUGAAAUCAGUCACCAAAUAACUCUUGUUUACAACUUGACAUUUACGAUAAUAUAAUAAACUGGGACUAUUUUCUCCACGUGCAAGCGUCGCUUAAAAAGUCUUACAAAUUUAUAUGGAAGUAAACUCAGAUCGGCAAAGUAUGAAUGGAAACAGAACAUUAUAUAUUCACAAAAAUUGUCAUAUUAGUCAUCAAGAUGAUGUUUGUCGUAACAGAGUUGUCAAUAUGACAAAAAGUAUACUGUAGCAAAUCCAAAUCAUCAAUCAAAUAAACGUUCUCUUUAGGCACAUGUGACAGUAAAAGACUUUUGCGACACGGACUUGAAUACCACUAAUUUGUCUGACCUAUUAUAUAAAUUAUAAUUAUUUCCUAAAUCAUAUAAGAUAUACAAACCUACGUAGAACUGUAAUUUCCUAAAAAAACUGUAUUUCUAUUUUGACAUGAUAAUUUAAUAAAAAAAAAUUGUAAUUGUUAAUGUUAGGUUCACCUUUCAAUGAAGUUGAACUAAAAUUUAUAUUACAUUUUCUUUAGAGUUAACAAAGCUAUCGGCUCAUGCUAAAUUGUUUAAUAUCUUAAGAUUUGACAGCUGUCAAGUACUGGCAAGAGAUAGCACCUGGAUAGCAAGAGAUAGCAAAUUUGAACAAAAAAAAACAAAACAAAUUCGAAUAAAUGUAGGUCUGACAAAAUAGUGGCAAUAAUAGGCCUUCCAUGCUAUAUAAUGUUUAAUAUAUUGCAUAAGAAAUUAAACUUCAUCACAUUUAUAUCACCUAUAAUCAAGGCCUAUACAAAAUAUUUGAUCUAUAUUGUAUUCCUAGAAAAUAUUAGAAGCUUUGAUGUGAAUACCUUUAGUAAUAAUCUAAUUAUAAUUGGCAGCUGUUUGAUUUCAUAUUGUAAUUAUUUCAAUGCCUUUUUAUUUAAUAUCAGAGUCUAGGUACAGUUGACAAAAAAGUUUUAAUAUUAUAAUCACAUUGAAUCUUUAGUGUAAAAGUACCUAUUCUCAUAUAUUAAUUGAUACAAGUGAUCUGUAUCACCUGGAAAAAUUGUUGUGUGCGAAAUUUUAGUGGUUUUGCUUAUGGCUUCAAUCACAACUUUAUAUGGUUGAUGUAUGUAUAUGAUAUGUAUCCUUACAUAUGAUUUUAAACUAAUUAAAUAGUUUGUGUACUGUAUCCUAUAUCAAAUAUGACUUUUUUGUACUAUACAAUUCUGUCUUUAAUGGAUUUGAUAAUAUAUUAACAAUAAUUUGUUACUAAAAGGGCAAUGGAAUGAAAAGAAGCAAUUUUAUCUUUAAACUAAUGUCUAAGUUAAGGUAGGGUAAACACGGAUGUCCACCUUGUAAAUACACUCCUUUACACUUAGGUAAAUAUACAGGUCAAUAAGAAA